UCGCUUCAGUUUCCGUUGCAUCUCGUCGGAGUACGGACGGGUGAAUAGACCCUGUCGUCGUCGUCGUGCGGUUUGUCAGUAGUUUUGGCGGGAAACGAAUAAAGUGAGAGCUACUCCCGAAGUGUGCCACGAGGCGUGUGGGUGGGCUCGUUAAGUGAUCAUUAUAAUCUAAUUAUUGUUUCCAUACAUUAGGGUGUAGUUUUUUCCCACUCUUGAGUGUGGGUGGUAAUGUUUUUGGGAAGGGACGUGUCGUGAUUGUGGUGUGUUGCGGCCCCAAAGUGGUUAAUUGUGUUGGGUGUGUGUGAAUGCUUACGAAACGGAUACCAGUUGUAAUUAUUUGUGAUGUUGUUGUGAGCACGAGCAAUUAGCAGAGCGCGGCAGAAGAGCAAUCCUUUUUAGUUCAUUGUGGAAUCGUUCCAUUCAAGAAUGGAACACCAGAAAAAAAAUCAUCUACAAAGGCGAAGCUGCUCACACACAGAGAAUGGGUUGUAAAAGGAUAAGGCGAUAAUCACCGAAGGAAACCACAGAAAGCCAUCAUUGGAGCAGAAACGGAUUACAUCGCGGAGAAAAAACUCGUGCUGGGCAGCGGUCGAAGAGAGAAAGGAGGCAGCAGAAGAAGGCGUCGCCGGUGGAAAAAAAGUUCGCAAAUGAGCAAACUUCAUGAAUUAUGAUAUUUGGAUUUUCAAUUAAAUUGAACAAGGUGAGAGAGGCUCUAUUACACACGCAUGACGUGGUAGCUAGAGAAGUAUACGGCGAGGAAGCGCUACGAGUAACACCACCACCGAUCGCACCCUACCUAAAUGGAGGCAACGACGAAAUCGACAACGGUGAUGCCGGCGACCUGCAGCACGUCACGCGCGUCCGGCUGGUGCAGUUCCAGAAGAACACCGACGAACCGAUGGGUAUAACGUUGAAGAUGACCGAGGACGGCCGAUGCAUCGUGGCCCGGAUCAUGCACGGCGGCAUGAUCCACCGGCAGGCGACGUUACAUGUCGGCGACGAAAUCCGGGAGAUCAACGGCCAACCGGUGCAGCACCAGACCGUUAGUCAAUUACAGCGCAUGCUGCGGGAAGCACGCGGUUCCGUUACGUUUAAGAUAGUUCCUUCAUAUAGAAGUGCCCCACCACCAGUUGAGCUAUUCAGGAUAAGACCAGCGCCUGUUUUAGUCGAUCAGAUUUUCGUUCGUGCCCAGUUCGAUUACGACCCGUUGGACGACGAGCUGAUUCCGUGCGCUCAAGCGGGGAUAGCUUUCCGAGUUGGUGAUAUACUACAGAUUAUUAGCAAAGACGAUCAUCACUGGUGGCAAGCCAGACACGAUGCAGCGGGCGGUUCAGCCGGUUUGAUUCCCUCGCCAGAGCUUCAGGAAUGGCGUAUUGCCUGUCAGUCGGCAGAUAAGACCCACAAGGAACAAGGAGAGGUAGGGCCCGGUUGCUCGGCACACGCAGAAGGAUGUGACGGAUCUACAGCAGUAAAUUGCUCAAUAUUUAGCCGUAAGAAGAAACAGUGCCGGGACAAAUACCUAGCCAAGCACAAUGCCGUCUUCGAUCAGCUGGAUUUGGUGACCUACGAGGAGGUCGUCAAGGUUCCAGUCGGUGAUCCGGCCUUCCAACGGCGAACUCUGGUCCUACUCGGAGCCCAUGGUGUCGGUAGACGUCAUAUCAAAAAUACCCUCAUAGCUAAGUACCCGGACAAAUACGCUUACCCCAUACCACACACCACCAGACCGCCCCGGCCGGACGAGGAAAAUGGCCGCAGCUACUACUUCAUAUCACACGACGAGAUGAUGGCGGACAUCCAGGCGAACGAGUACCUCGAGUACGGUACCCACGAGGACGCCAUGUACGGCACCAAGCUGGAAACGAUACGACGCAUCCACGCCGACGGCAAGAUGGCGAUCCUGGACGUCGAACCACAGGCCUUAAAAAUACUGCGCACAGCCGAAUUCACACCGUACGUUGUGUUCAUCGCGGCCCCGCUGCUGCAAAACAUUGCCGACUACGACGGCAGCCUCGAGCGUUUGGCGAAGGAGUCGGACAUGCUGCGCCAGGCUUACGGGCACUUUUUCGACCUGACCAUCGUCAACAACGACAUCGGCGAAACGAUAGCCACGCUCGAGAAUGCAAUCGACAAGGUGCACUCUACGGCCCAGUGGGUCCCGGUCUCCUGGCUGUACUGACAAGAUAGUGAGCUAGAAUGUCCGGCAUGUUUGGAGGAGGAAUGCGACUGCGAUUGUGACUGCGAGCUAGACCUUAAGUAGGAAAAAAAAAACGCUGAAGCAGCGAGCGAGUGUGAAUCAAGCAGCUAAUAACUACCACAUCAAGAAGGCAUCAACCAAUAUUACAACCACAUAAGCAGCAGCAGCAGAAACAACAGCACUAGCACUACUUAAGCCGAAUGAGAAUAAAAUUCAGUUACAAAAAAAAGAAAAAAAAAUACAAAAAAAAAGGUUUUGGACUCAGUAGUUAAGAAAUGGCCACCUUCACACAAAACAAAACAAAAUACACAGGAAAACUAUAAUCUUACAGAUACCAGAACGAAAAAAUAAGCAAAAAAUGUACUUGAUAAGCGCAAACACAAACCCAAGUAGAACCUUGGUUGACUACGAAAGCGAUACGUCUGAAUGGGGCAUGUUAAAUUGAAUCCACAAGUUACGAAUGUCUAGUUAUUGUUUUUAAAGUGAAGCAAAAAAAAAAGCAAACAAAAACACAGUAUAUCUAUCAUGUACUCUGUCAACUCGAAACUAAAACAAAAUGUCUGAUUUUAUAUCAAAACUUACAUUUAAACUGCACAAGGCAGCAUUUAGAGGAAACCCUCUUUUUACUUGUGAAAACCGCAGAUUGGAACCAUUUACCAUUUUCCAAUUCCGAAAGUCAAAACUUCAUUUAAGUUAAAUGUCAUUACCGUUAGUAGGAACAAAUCAAAAGAAUAAAAUUCACCCUCACUUUUGACAUUAGAAGGCAAACACAACUCAUCGAAUUUCGCGCACUGGAUUUGUUCCAGUUCAGUCGACUAGCAAGCAAGACGCAUACAUACAAAACAACGGCACAAACAGGAUGCACUUUCCAGGAAAAGCCCAACAUAUUCCCCAUACCGAAUACUGGAACCAGAGGAAAUAAAUAAACCGAAGGGUAACCUUACUUAAAAACAACAAAAUUAACUAGAAGGGAGAAAUAACGAAGUGAUAGAGACAAACGUUAAAAAAUAUGCGCAAAAAAUGGAUCGGAAUAUGGACAUGGUGAAACACGAAUACACAAACAUUCACAGAAGAAAAAAAAACGACGGUGAGGAAGGCAAAGCGGGAGAAAGAGAGAAAAUAUUAGUUAGACUUAAUACUAACCAAAAACAAAUGUUAACAUGAUUAUUAAUAAUUAAAGGUAACAGAAUUAUAAUUAAAUGAGAAUAAACAAUGGAACGCAGAUGAGAAAAGCUAAGCUAAAAACAAAUGAGAAGUAACAGUAAACUGGUAAAGAGUGAAACAUGGGAUGACAACCGCGGGAGAACUAAUGUAACUUUGAGCAUAAACAAAACAAAAAGUAAAUCAAGAGUGAACGGAAAUGAAAGAAUUACUAAACAAGUGGUUUGGAUUAGGAAAAUUAAAAACAAAGAACGUUACAUUGAUUGAUCUGUUAAAAAUCGUACUGUGUAAAGGAGAGGUAAGAAAAAAAACCAAACAGCGUUUCAACGAUGAGCGAACAUUACACAAACACACCGAGAAGAAAACAAAAUCACGAUUACAGCUUUUUUGUAGUUAAAACCACCAGUUGUUUAUUGAUUGGAAACGUUCUAAUGGUUGAAUAUGCUAGGGGAAGUGGUUCAUCUAAAAUGAAGAAGGGGUGAACUUAGCGUUGAGAAAAAGUAGAUUUUCUAAAGGAAACGAUUGAAUUUUCAACGAUAUGUUCAUCCUCAUUUAUCCACUUCUGCUAGCCUAUGAUUUGUUGAGCCUGGGCAAUGACGACGAUAACUACAGCAAACAAUAUAUUUUGCAAUACGCAAAUGUUUGAAUUUGUUCAAUGACAUCCAUUUUGCAAAUCUGACAUCUAUUCAAGUGGUUCAUCCGAAAUAAUUUUGUAUUCAAAAAAAAAAAAACAAUCUAUUUGAUCUUUAGCUGAAAGAAUUAUUUGAAAUGAAGACGUGAAAUCAAGAUAAAUAAAAAGAGUUGUUGGCAAAAAAUGUGUCACUUCCAACACAUUUGUGCCAACAACUUCUUUGUUUGUAUUGAUUUCACGUCUUUAUUUGAAAACAAUUCAUUCAGCUUUAGAUAGAAUAGUUUGUUUUUCAAAUCCAAUGUUGGUGAUUGAAAUUGUCUUACUUAUCUUCUUGUUGACAAUUUAUAUAAGUCAAUUUUAUUUUUCUAGAAACUAUAUAUAAUUUUGUAUACUUGAUUUAAAAUUACGUUCAUCUAAAACAGACAAAUCUAAUACUACACAAUCAACCAGCUUCACUCAUUCUCGAAGCUGUGUGAACUCAAAGAGCUUCAUAUUCACUAGAUCAUUGUCCUUCGGUGACAUGUUGUCAUCAAUCAGUUGUUGUUGUCGAAAGUUAUGUAUUUUCCGAUAAAGAAAAUCCAAUUAAGCAAACCCUGUCACAGAUGAUUGCCCAUCAACUUCCCACAGACCAGUUAAAUCGAAAAACACAUAAAUCCAAAAUCGCUAUUCCCAACUGUUUCGACAUAUUUAAUCGAUAGACAAAGGCAAACAGUUUAUAUAUUCUUAAAAUUCACAACCAUAGGACAAAGCCAGGCAAGAACUAAACGAAAGCUAGCAUUUUCAGAUUUGAUAAACACUAGAAAACAAAAAUACACUGAACAAAAUAAAAGCAAACAAAAACGCUCAAAAUGGGGAGGAAAAACCUUUCAACUGAAACUUGUGUACAAUAAAAGCAUACACACAGGGGCGCUACCGGAAACUAAAACAAUGGUGAGUUAGAACUUGUUUCAAUAGUUGUCUCGGGAAAAGAAAAAAAAAGUUAAAAAUCGAAA